CCCGGAAGUGGAAGGCCGGAAGUGGGGUUGGACAGGUUCUUCCCCAGGGGUGGGGAAGCAGAGGCCCUGGAGGAGGGGGAGAGUGAGAAGCCUGCGGAUCCUGGCCGCUGCUCCGAAUCGAGUACCGGUUCCCUUAGAUCUCAGAGGCGCAGAAAGAGGGAGGGUGGCCUCAUCCUGCUCCCUCGCUUUUCGCUUUAGCCAUGGCCGAGGCAGGGGCCGGGCUGAGUGAGACCGUCACUGAGACAACGGUUACCGUGACAACCGAGCCCGAGAACCGGAGCCUAACCAUUAAACUUCGGAAACGGAAGCCAGAGAAAAAGGUGGAAUGGACGAGUGACACUGUGGACAACGAACACAUGGGACGCCGCUCAUCAAAGUGCUGCUGUAUUUAUGAGAAGCCCCGGGCCUUCGGUGAGAGCUCCACCGAGAGUGAUGAGGAUGAAGAGGAAGGCUGCGGUCACACACACUGUGUACGGGGUCACCGCAAAGGACGGCCUCAUACAACCCCAGGACCCACCCCAACCACUCCUCCACAGCCUCCUGACCCCUCCCAGCCCCCUCCAGGACCUAUGCAGCACUAAAUCCCUCUUGCCUCUCAUGUGUCUGCCUGGCCCCAAAUGUAUCCAUCUGGCUAUGUGGGGAC